GCGUUUGCUUCGUCGGAACUUGGAAGCAUCUGAGAUUCCCGGCCAUACCCACCGCCCAUCGCCCAUCGCCUUAACCCCCGACGCCGUCAUUACUCUCUCUCGCUGGUUCACGAGAAGAACACGCCCACUUAGGUUAACAAUUUCUCUUUUCCUUUAAUCUCGUUGGUUUCAGCCUCAACUCCUCUUCCAAAUCCAGGAAAAAUUGUUUUCUUAUUCCGGUCUACUAAGCGCCCGUUUGGUUCCCGAGAUUUCGCGGCCGGAAGUAUUAAUCUGGCUAUCUGAUAGUUUUUGCUUGGUGGAAAAUUGAAAUUAGUCUUGAAUCACAGGUGCAGUGAAUUAAACCGAGGGGACACUCUUUAUAUGUAUUGAGCUGAAGCUGAUCAUGGGCACUAAAGAAGCAGUUGUGCAAGUUCUGUCAAUGGCCAUGCCUCGUUUGUUGUAUUCUGGUCCAUGUUUUCACAAGGCAAACUCGUUACUUUCUUUCAAGUACCCCAUACAUAGUAGAAGAAGAGAUUCCGAGCUAAUGCAGAGGGUGAACUAUUCAAGAACAUUAAGUUGCAAGAGAAUUUACCCUCUUCAUGCUGCAAAUAGUGUUUUCCAUGGAAAGGCUCUAAAUGAUUGUUUGGAGUCUACGAGUUGCAAAUGUGAACAGGUUGGAAGUGAGAGUGCAGUAACAGCAGAUGAUAGACAAGGAACUCGGAUUAAUGGCACUCCUAAUAAUUGGAGCAGUCAAAAGGUUGAGGGGGCUAAACAGUUGGAAAAUGAAAAUGAGGGCCUUCCACCUGUCCGUAGACUAGAGACCAUGACAACAAUUAAUGAUGCACCGAACAUUGUGAGUUUAGAGUCCAUUGAGGAUGAAGCAUGGAAUCUACUAAGAGAAUCGAUUGUCUAUUAUUGUGGCAACCCAAUUGGGACUAUUGCUGCUAAUGAUCCUACAAGCUCCAGCAUUUUGAACUACGACCAAGUCUUUAUCCGUGACUUCAUACCGUCUGGUAUUGCCUUCCUAUUAAAAGGAGAGUAUGAUAUUGUACGAAAUUUCAUCCUUUACACCCUUCAGUUGCAGAGCUGGGAGAAAACAAUGGACUGCUAUAGUCCUGGUCAAGGUUUAAUGCCUGCCAGUUUCAAGGUGCGCACUGUCCCUCUUGAUGUUGAUGACUCUGCUACUGAAGAUGUUCUGGAUCCAGACUUUGGUGAGGCAGCAAUUGGUCGUGUUGCACCAGUUGAUUCUGGUUUAUGGUGGAUUAUCUUGUUACGUGCGUAUGGAAAAUGCUCUGGAGACCUUUCAGUUCAAGAGAGGAUUGAUGUGCAAACUGGAAUUAAAAUGAUAUUGAAGCUAUGUCUUGCUGAUGGUUUUGAUAUGUUUCCAACAUUGUUAGUGACUGAUGGUUCUUGCAUGAUUGAUCGCCGUAUGGGAAUUCAUGGCCAUCCUUUGGAAAUUCAGGCAUUGUACUAUUCAGCUUUACUUUCUGCAAGGGAGAUGCUGGCUCCUGAGGAUGCAUCUGCUGACCUUAUUAGGGCACUUAAUAACCGUCUAGUUGCAUUAUCGUUUCACAUCAGGGAGUAUUACUGGAUUGACAUGAGAAAACUUAAUGAGAUUUACCGCUACAAGACAGAGGAAUAUUCAUAUGAUGCAGUCAACAAGUUCAAUAUCUACCCAGACCAGAUUCCUCCUUGGCUUGUUGAAUGGAUGCCUAGUAAGGGAGGCUAUUUGAUUGGAAACCUGCAGCCUGCUCACAUGGACUUCCGUUUCUUUUCUCUAGGAAAUUUAUGGUCUAUUGUAAGCAGUCUUGCAACUGUGGAACAAUCACAUGCCAUAUUGGAUCUUAUUGAAUCGAAAUGGACAGACUUAGUAGCUGAUAUGCCAUUGAAGAUAUGUUAUCCUGCUCUUGAAGGUCAAGAGUGGAGAAUUAUUACAGGAAGUGAUCCCAAAAAUACGCCUUGGUCUUACCACAAUGCUGGUUCCUGGCCAACUUUGCUGUGGCAGCUAGCGGUGGCAUGCAUAAAGAUGAAUCGACCAUGGAUUGCUGAAAAUGCUGUCAAGGCUGCUGAGAGGCGCAUAUCUAGAGACAAGUGGCCCGAGUAUUAUGACACCAAGGGGGGAAGAUUCAUCGGCAAACAGGCACGCCUCUUUCAAACCUGGUCGAUUGCAGGAUAUCUUGUGGCAAAACUCCUCCUUGCCAACCCAGAUGCAGCGAGGAUUCUGGUCAGCAUAGAGGAUUCUGAGCUUGUAAAUGCCUUCUCUUGCAUGCUCAGUACCAACCCGAGGAGAAAGCGAACCCGGAAAGGAUCCGAUCAGAGCUACAUAGUAUGAAAUCAAUAUCUCAGUCAGGAGAUUCCCAACCCCAUACCGGUUCUCAAGAAUUACUCUCUUUGGUAUAUCAAAUAUGUAUCAUAACUCUCAUGAGGAAAAAGAAUGUAGCAUUAUAGAAAUGUAGUUUUGUUUGUCAGUUAUAUCAUUUGAUCAAGGAGGUAGUGCACAAUGAUUAAUGAUACAAACAGGUUUGUGCCAUCUUCUGUAACAAUAACCACUAUAGGUUUCUUGACCUUGCAGACUGGAUACAGUGACAAGAAAUAUACAUAAUUAUAGCUGAGUAUUUA